GUCGAUCGCAACAGGAGGGAAAAUUUAAGAAAACAAAAGGUGCACUUGAGACUGACUUGGAUGUGGCCCUGGCCGCGAUCUCGGAGUUGAGCGUCGACAUUCUGAGUCCAACGUCCGCCAUGGUGGAGUGGAACAUGAGCCGAAGUUACGGUUGGCAACCACGAGGCUUCAAGCUCGAUAUCUGGAGGAUCCUCCCCGACGAUGACGCCCAGCAGCUUCCCGUGCGGUCCAUGGUUCUUCCUCUCGGCGAGAGCUACGCCAGCCUAACGGACUUGGAGCCGAGGUUGGAGUAUCGAAUCACCUUGUGUCCCAUGGAAGGCGCGCAGAGCGGAUGCAAGACAGUGUUACUUCCCAGCAGAACAGCGGCGCUCGAAGGUAACCAGCCCAAGAAAGCUCAGAUAGACACCUUGAAGCCGGUGAGCGAGGGAAGUCCACGCCCCUCUCCGGCCAUCAUGGUCAUUCGCAUCAUGGGCUGCUGCGUUGUUCUCAUCCUCACAGGAUUCACACUCAUCGUCUUCUUAACCUCCGGCACGGCGUACCCCGACGUGGUGGCCCAGAUCUUCUCCGAGUUCUCCAUUAUGGGCGCCUACACCUGCGUCCUCAUGACGACGACGGACCAGCGGCAGUUGACCGAGAAGCAGUGCAUGGUGGCGGCCGUGUGCCUGCAGUUCUUCUUCCUGAGCACUUUCCUGUUCCUGAUGCUGGAGUCGGCGUACAUGGCCAAGCUGCUCGUCGGCAUGUUCCCGGAGUCCCUGCCCUUCAACAGUGCAUCCGUCAGUGGCGCCGGCUGGGGCGUUCCAGCCAUCAUCACGGGCCUUUUCGCGUGGGCAUUUCCAGACAAGUACACCCGCGGAGGGCAGGUCUGCUGGCUGGACCUGUCCCAGGUGGCCUCGUACUCGACCACGGUUCCGGUCGGCCUGUUCGUCGCCCUCCAGCUCGUCUUCCUCGCGUCCGUGUUCUUCUCCGCCCGACGACGGCGGGCGCUCACCUGCCACGAGUUCCGGAGGGCCAGGACCCAACUGGCGUCCAAGUGGGCCUCGCUGAUCCUGCUUGCGAGCACCACGCUCUCCUGGGCCACGGGCGCCGCCGCCGAGCAGCACAAGACCAGGGGUCUCUUCGUCUGCUUCUCCGUGUCCAGCAUCAUGCUCGGCGUCUUCGUCAUCACCCUCAGGAUCAGCACCGAGGACCAAGUCCGAAAGAAGCUGAUGACCAAAGUUGGACUCACAACGGCCGUGAGGGACAUUUCCAGCGGCUCGUCGGUGCAGACGUGGUCUCGGAGCAGCCCGACCGAGAGCGACGCCAGCCGUGCCAACACGGCAUCCACGCUCACGAGUCCCGCAGACUCGUACCAGAACGUCAAGAUCUUCAGGAACUAGCCUCGGGCUGGCUUCGUCCAGAACAUCCAGAUGGCCGGACAACGCCAGAACUGUGAUCUCUAGCUGCCUGUGAACUGCAUGCGUGCGAACAACUUGGACGGGAACGGACCAAACAAGCGCAAAACGGAGUGGUGAAGGUUUCGACGAGCCUUCAGAAUGUGCCACGUGAUCGAAUAGCGUCACACGACCAAGCAGAUAUCACUUUAGCCAACUUCACGCUGAAGGGGUUCCUACCUAUUGUGGAUCGUUGGCCACGAUAUGCUCGAAGGGGGUCGAAUACGUUCCGCUGUAAAUAGAAACGCGUGCGUGUCGGAGAAAACGACUUUCCAAACUUGGGGCGCUGAAAGAUAGUGAAAGUGCCGAGUCGCGUUUAUUUGUGCGGUUCUUCGGACGGGGGUGCACAGAUGAAGUCAAGAACUGCUCCGCCGAUAAAGCAAAGCUACCAUGCAUCCGCCUAUUUUUUUCUUUAUUUUUUUUUUUAGUUUCAAUCUUUUUAAACAAGGACUUUGAUCGCAAUUAAGAACAACUCAAACACAGCCCAUGCUUCAGUAGUUGGAUAGAACCCCAUUCAUUUUUUGUUAAUAUCGAUAUUAUCAUCUUACAGACGCAAAACAAAUCCUAAAAAUUGUCACACAAAAAUAAUUAUUUAGCGACGAAUUUUACCAUCCACAUGUGUCACACUUGGACCGUAUGGCACAAAGCCCCGUUUGCAGAACUCAUAUUCAUAGGGAAACGUCAAUCAGUCGAUCCAUUUAUUUAGACGAAAGAAAACGCUCUUUUUCGAAGCACGUUCAGUGUCAAAAACGAAAACCAGUCGCUGUAGAAGGCAGCGAGGUCCAUCAUGUACUAUGCUAAAAAGCUGUGGAACUUUAUGACAAAGAGCUUUAUGACAACAAAUACUAUCCAUCGGCAAACUAUCGUGCAACAUUGACUCUACAUCGAGCGUGUUUCAAAAUCUCCAUGUGGCACACACCCGGGGUGAAAAAGAAAAAAAAAGUGAGACUGUCUCUUUUUAGACAUUCUACGAUAAAUUCGAACAUAACGGGUGCUCGAAUCUUAGUAAAUCUGUUCGGGUAUAACAUCGUCAUCCUGUGAAACCAGCCGAAGUGACCGAUGAAUUCCGGCGACGACUCGCCCAGCUCAGGCGUCCGAUGCCUCCAGUACGGGUCUCGUUCGACGGUAGAGUGCAACGAUUCACAGUCUCCGACAUUAUUAAAGACCCAUUCGACGAAGCGCAGUUUCAAGCGGCUGUGUCGGAUUCGCCUUGGCCUGGCCCACUUGCUUGGAGUCGGGAUAUAAAUAUGCGUUCGUUCUAUUCACCCUAAAAAUAAAGUGCCUCCGACCAAAGUGUGGUUAGCACCGCCGCAUAAAUUUCGUCGGCCAAGGGAUCUUUCAUAAUGUGGGUCACUGAACAAAAGCGAAUCUUUCUCUAAAAGUGCCUUAGGAACAAAGCUGUCGCGCACAGCAGCCAGCUUUCCAUAAAAAUUUCACAAUUAAAAAAAAAACUGCAAAUAAAAAAAAAUAUUAUUUAGCAAAUAAAAAAAAUGACAACAUUUUGGUCUCCUUUCUUCAA